AUGACAGAUAAUCUGUCAAAGAUCUCCCGGGUCUUCGAAUUUGACUCCGAUGUCUUUUCUACUGGAGCUUACGAGCGUGCAUUCCGAGGCUCCGUCAAAGAUCUUUUGAAAAGACGACCGCAGACUUUGAAGACCGACUCGUUGGCCGCACUGAAGACCGAUCCUACGUUCAUGAAUAACGGCUUGAGAAGAAUCCGUAUUCUAGGACAAGACCAAAUUGGCAAAGAAUCGCUGGUAAACAAAAUCGAAUCAGCUGAUCUGAUCAGUCAGGAGCAACAUUACUUGUACAAGUCGAAGUUUUGGGAGCUAUGCAUCGAUCUUGUAUCCACCAUUGUCAAGGAUCGCUCAGAUGUCUGCAGUGAGGAGGAUGUGUGGAUUCUUACGUCGUAUGCAGUUUUAGAGCCAUACUCCAGUCAAUUCUCGGUGCGUCAAGAUGCUCGGAAAUCUUGUGUGAGGAUCAUGAGAAAAGCUGUAGAACUGAACGAAGAGUUUUCUUCAGUUGCUUUCAAUUUUCCAACUGAUCGUAUUGAGUUCGAGGAUAUGGUCUUUUGGGUCAGAUGCAUACCUGGUCGCGGGUCAAGCAUCAGCAGUGGUAAUCUUGCAGCAGAAUCUUUCAUCAAUAACAUAUCAUACUUUCCAACCUCAGAUGCAUCCGACAAUCUCGAUUGUUUCAGCGAUUGCGGAAUAAUUUGGUAUAUGCAAUUGGACGCUCCUAGAGCAGAAAGGAUGAUGGAAUCCUCCCUCGAAACAAUACUCAACAAAAGUGUAUCUUUCCAAGUUACAUUUGGAGCUAAGGAUCUGGUAACAGUCAUCGAUGCGCGAAGUCACUAUGAUGAGGACGAAACUGCACUUGUGUUUGUUUUCGACCUCCAAGACUACAGCGUUGAUUCUCGACGAUUCGAAGAGCUCAAGGGAAGGACUGAAAGAAACUCACUCCUCUUAGCAGAGACAAUCAUCUUUCCUUAA